UCCCACUCCGACCCAAGCCGCACCUCCGAGUAAUCCAUAUUCCGUACCUCUUGUCAUACGACACCUCGUUGAGAGCUUGGGCAGGUCGGAACUGUCUUGCAUCUUGCCAUGGCCAUCUUCACAACGAGGCUAACUAUCUCUAUUCUGGUUACAGUGCUGGGGUUUAUCCUCACCCGCGCACCGUUCAUGAUGUCUUCAGUCGCGCCCUCGAAGCAGUGGGCCGAUGGGCCGUUGAAGCUCAUCACCACUCCUCAGUUCCUGACUAAAAAGACCGAUAUCUUUACGUCAGGAGCAACACACAUGUCCUUGCUGCAUAAUUCGAUCUUCCGCGGCUAUAAUUCUAUCUACCAUCAGGCCCCUCUUGUUGCCGACAAGGACAAGGCCGAUUUCGUCGGUUACUGCCUGACCUGGUUCAAAUUCGUCAAGUCGCACCAUGAUGACGAGGAAGUUACGUUGUUUCCGAAGAUCGAGGAGCUUCUCAAGGACAAAACAAUCUUUGAGGAAACGCACAAGGAGCAUGAGUCGUUCCUUCCCGGCGUCGCCGAUUUUGAGAAGUACCUCACCGGUCUCAAGGCCCCCUCCGAUUUUUCUGGCGACGAGUUGCUGCAAAUCAUGAAGUCCUUCCAGCAACCUUUCGAGCAUCACUUCCACAACGAGAUCACAACCAUCUCCAAGCUUGCUGACCACCCGAACGCGCCCAAGCAGGGCACACCCGAGAAUGACGCCGCUGCGGCCACGUUUAAGGCAUGGGGCAAGAGCACAGUGACCAAGGCGGGCGUCACUGAUGUCGUUCCCUUCUUCCUGCUCAAUCUUGACCGUACUGUUGAGGACGGCAUGUGGGCAAAUUGGCCACCCAUGCCGGCGCCCAUCAAAUGGGGGCUUAUCAACCUCGCCGGAGCCUGGCACUCUGGGUGGUGGAGGUUCACCUCGUGUGAUGCUGCCGGCCAGCCACAGGAGUUGUGGGCUUAUCGUGCGGCGGAUGCCAAGACAUCUUGAUGGCAUGAGCGCGCGACCGUGUGGGCAGUGAGGUGGUCGGUAAAUGCUCUCCUUAUACAAGUAUGAGAAACGAUAAUCUUUGUCUUAAAGGCAGGCGAGGUUCCGUAUUAUUCUGGAUUUUGUUUGUAGGCUUUUACACGUUCUUCAGCAUGUUCUUAUGUAUAUCCGUCAAUGCGUGUCAGCUGCUGGAGUGGUACUGUACGGCUCUGUAAUGUUACCUGAUCCGACCUGUAUUUCAGUACUCAAGUACACACGAAUUUCGGCUGCUGUGCCGCUGACAAAUCGGCCGAUUGA